CUGAAAGUUAUUUCAAUACAAAAAACUUUCAAACAUUGAAACAAACGAUCGAAUCGUUUGAUUCAAUCCAUUGUCGCAUCCAUUGUGUUGUCCAUCACUUUUGGCACCAAUUUGUGAGUUCGCAGACAAUGUGUCCACAAAUUGGCCGUCAGUUCCGACCGUCGCGUAUAUCAGAGAAGAGAUUUCUCAUGAGAUUAGAGGUUAACAACGAAUGGGAGAGCCUUUGGGCUGAGAUCUGGCAAAUGGUUCAGACGUCGCAGACAAUGACCACUUCAUCGCUGCCGCCGUUGUCUUCGUAUCACAUGAAUUACAUGAAUGGCAGUCCAGCGCCGCCAAUGCAGCCGAUGGUCAACCACUCGACCAUUGGGUCGACGCCAUCGGCGGUGACGACAGCGCAACACAUGGCCAACGGCUCGACGCCCACCGACUCACUGGUGCUGUCGUCGAUGGUGUGCCCGACGAUGGCGUCGCUUCAGUCGCAACCGUCGCUCACAUCACCGCUGGAACAGCCGAUGAACGCCGCACUCCGGGCGCAGUCCUUCCAGACGUGUUCGGAACAGACAAACAACUCAUGCGAACCAAUGGUUAAUCACAAGCAAUGCGUUUCUGUCAUUACAGCCAAUGGUGUGGAACAGCAGACGACACAGUUCGCCACCGCUUUCCAGAUCCGUUUGCUUCUCGCGUGUCAUACAAACAAA